GCGGGCACACUCAGGAUGCGGCCCCAAAGGAGCCCCCUCCUGAAGCCGGGCCCUGGGCUUGUGGGCCGGUCGCGGAGGGUCUCAGAAGGCACUCAGUCGGGUGCUCGGGCACGUGGGCCCUGCCGCCGACCGUGGCCACAAGAGGGCGCCCCGCAGCACGACGGGGCACCUCCCAGCUCCCAGCCCCGGCCCCUCCCCGUUCCCCUGCCCGCGCCCCAUUCCCUCCAGUCCUCGCUUCCUCCCGCUGAGCGAGCCCACGCAGCUCCAGGCGCUGCGGGCGGCAUGGCGGACGCGGAGCAGCGGGAGGGCACCGUCCAGGUGCAGGGCCAGAGCCUGUUUUUCCGGGAGGCGCGGCCGGGCGCGGGGCAGGCCGCCCGCUUCUCCGUGCUGCUGCUGCACGGGAUCCGCUUCUCCUCCGAGACCUGGCAGAAGCUGGGCACGCUGCUCCGGCUGGCGCAGGCGGGCUACCGGGCGGUGGCCAUCGACCUGCCAGGCCUGGGGCACUCCAAGGACGCCACGGCCCCCGCUGCAGUUGGGGAGCUGGUCCCUAGCAGCUUCCUGGCAGCCGUGGUGGACGCCCUGGACCUGGGCGCCCCGGUGGUGAUCAGCCCGUCUCUGAGCGGCAUGUACUCGCUGCCCCUCCUCACGGCCCCCGGCUCCCCGCUCCGGGGCUACGUGCCCGUGGCCCCCAUCUGCACGGACAAGAUCAGUGCCGCCGACUACACCAGCGUGAAGACCCCAGCUCUGAUUGUCUACGGAGACAAGGACCCCAUGGGCCCGACCAGCUUCGAGCACCUGAAGCAGCUGCCCAACCACCGGGUGCUGGUCAUGGAGGGGGCGGGGCACCCGUGCUACCUGGACAAACCCGAGGAGUGGCACACGGGGCUGCUGGCCUUCCUGCAGGGCCUGGCCUGAGGCCGCUCUCCUGUCCGCGGCUGCUGGCCUUUCUGGGGACACACCCUCCCCC